CCGCUGGAUCCGGAGCUGGCGGCUGCGCUUCGCUCCAGUCUACAACCGGAGCGGCGCGCUGCCACCCCACCUUCCCAGCCGCGCCGGGUCGAGACCCGGGCAUGAGCUCGCCCCGCGUCCCGCGGAGCCAGCGCCUCCGGCGCCUAGCAGGAGCUGGGCGAAGGAGCCGCUAGAACAAUGCUGAGGUGGGGGAGGUGAGGAGUGUCUUAAACAGGUGAUCAGGGGAGACCAAGCCACCUGGGCACCCUCCCCGGACUCAGCCCAGCCGGCACCCCAAAGACAGUGGGGCAACCAUGGCGACCAAUUUCAACGACAUCGUCAAGCAAGGCUAUGUGAAGAUGAAGAGCAGGAAGCUUGGGAUUUACCGGAGGUGCUGGCUGGUGUUCCGAAAAUCUUCCAGUAAGGGGCCCCAGCGGCUGGAGAAGUAUCCUGAUGAGAAGUCAGUGUGCCUCCGAGGCUGCCCCAAGGUGACUGAGAUCAGCAACGUCAAGUGUGUCACGAGGCUCCCCAAGGAGACCAAGAGACAGGCGGUGGCCAUCAUAUUCACGGAUGACUCUGCUCGCACCUUCACUUGUGACUCAGAGCUGGAGGCAGAGGAGUGGUACAAGACACUGUCAGUAGAGUGUCUGGGAUCACGGCUCAAUGACAUCAGUCUGGGAGAGCCAGACCUCCUGGCCCCAGGAGUACAGUGUGAGCAGACAGAUCGCUUCAAUGUCUUCCUGUUACCCUGCCCUAACCUGGACGUGUAUGGCGAGUGCAAACUGCAGAUCACUCACGAGAACAUCUACCUCUGGGACAUACACAACCCCCGCGUGAAGCUCGUCUCGUGGCCCCUCUGCUCUUUGCGCCGUUAUGGCCGAGAUGCCACACGAUUUACCUUUGAGGCGGGCAGGAUGUGUGACGCUGGGGAAGGACUCUAUACCUUUCAGACACAGGAGGGGGAGCAGAUUUACCAGCGGGUUCACAGUGCCACCCUGGCCAUCGCUGAGCAGCACAAGCGGGUCCUGCUGGAAAUGGAGAAGAAUGUGAGGCUGCUGAACAAGGGCACCGAGCACUACUCCUAUCCCUGUACACCCACGGCCAUGCUGCCCCGCAGUGCGUACUGGCACCAUAUCACGGGUUCUCAGAACAUCGCUGAAGCCUCCAGCUAUGGUGAAGGAUAUGGGGCAGCCCAGGCCAGCUCAGAAACAGACCUCCUGAACAGAUUCAUCCUGCUUAAGCCAAAGCCUAGGCAGGAGGACAGCAGUGAGACCAAGACCCCUCCCCAGUGACAGCUGCUAGGCUGCAAGAACUCACGACUGCUGGGCCACUUGCUGGAGGACAGCUCACUGCAGCAGUCCAUGGACAGCCUCAAGGAGCUGGUGGCCAAGAGCCAGAGAGCAAGCUGUCCCUCUUGCCCUCAAGGGUGAGGCUGGACCUCAGUACAUGGCUGGCCACACCACCUGAGCAUGAGGGGCUAGAGCCACCGUGGAACUAUACACUGUUAAUGGUUUUAAUAUAUAUGGCUUAUAACAUAUUCUGUA